UGGAUAAUGACCAGUCCAUCAAGGUGGGCCCCACAGAGUUUACUCACCACGCUUACCCGCGUUCGUCAAAAACACCCCCUCCUUAAAAUCCCCUUUCAAACCUAUUCUUCCAAAACCCCGCCACCAUUACCAUCGCCGGAUCUCCACCGUCCAUUUCAGAUGGAUGUUGCCCAGUACUUUCUAGAUGGCAAUGCAGAUGCAGUAGAGUUUUGCCCCCAUCAUCUGUUCCACCAUGUUCUAGCUGCUGCAACAUACACGCUGCAAGAGGGCGUUCAGCCCAAUCGGUCAGGGAGCAUAUCACUUUUCUCUGUUGAUGUUGAUGCGGGUCUCGAGUUACUUCAUCGGAUAGAAACAGCUGGGGUUUUUGACAUAAAAUGGAACCAAGGUCAAGCUAACACGCAUCCUCUACUCGCUCAAGCUGAUGCCGAUGGCUUUUUGAGACUCCAUAGAUUUGGAUACAGUUCAGAUGUACCAGAAUCUAGAGGGGCCAUUUUGGGAGAAGUUGGUGUAGAAAAGGUCGAUUCUUCCAUGUGCCUAUGUUUGGACUGGAACCCAUCAUCCACGUCACUUGCAGUGGGCCUUUCAUCCGGUUCUGUCUCCAUAGUUGCCCUUAAAGAGGCACAACUGCAGAUAUGGCAAUCCUGGAAAGCCCAUGAUUUUGAGCUGUGGACCACCUCUUUUGACACCCACCAACCACAGCUGUUGUACACUGGCUCAGAUGACUGUAGAUUCAGCUGUUGGGACUUGCGGGAGAGUCAUACGGUGUCAGUGUUUCAAAAUACAAAGACCCAUAAAAUGGGUGUCUGCUGCAUUGCAAAGAGUCCGAUGGAUUCUAACGCACUACUCACUGGGAGCUAUGAUGAGUUCCUUCGGGUAUGGGAUGUGAGAUCAACGUCAAAACCCAUCAAUGAAACUUCUAUUUGUCUAGGGGGCGGAGUGUGGAGAAUCAAGCACCAUCCCAAUAUGCCAGGCCUUGUUUUGGCAGCUUGCAUGCACAAUGGUUUUGCAGUUGCGAGGAUAGAAAGUGGGAAUGUCGAGGUAGUGGAGACAUACGGUAAGCAUGAAUCACUCGCGUAUGGAGCUGACUGGCAGCACGGAGGACUAUGUAUGGAAGAUGGAAAAGAAAAGGGAACCAUUGUGGCAACUUGCUCAUUUUAUGAUCGACUUCUCCGAAUAUGGAUGCCAGAGAGUCAGACGGCUAAAUGAUUUAUUGAAGCAGAAUUCAAUUCUAUCUAUUGGUAUCUGGUUCUGGGAUGACUCCAUUUUACCUUCAUCAGGAAAGAGUCAUCCAAAUCUUUGAUGCCAUCGGCCAAGCAAUCCAAAUCCAAUGGAGCUCUUCGCAUUCCACCAUUGGUUUUAUGUAACACUAACAUUAUGGAAGUUGGAGCCUAACAGUUCAUGGGGCAACCCCUUGUUGGAUAUAUUUGGAGGUAAAUUGAUUCCUCAUCGCUGCUUUUUCACCUUUGAUGCCAAUGUAUUUAGAGGUAAAUGGAAUCGGAGAUAUUUAAAAUACACAGUUUUGAUGUA